AUGCCAAAAUUUGCUGGGACAGGCGAGAAACCCGCGGAGUAUCCCCUUGAACCGUCCACCACGGGGGUGGCCCGAUCGGCACCUAGGGUCUGGGAACGCGGCGCUGGAGGACAAAAGUCACCAGAUAUGGAUCAGACUUGGGCGGAACCGGGUAUGACCGAUUUCAUGCGGGAACUUGUCGCACAGAUGGCUCGGGGAAUAGUGCAAGCAACCCAGAGAUCCAUCGGAUACGAGGACGGCACGAACAUGAGGAAUUUUCUCGACCUUGCAGAGUUAGAUUUCCUCGAACGGGGGUUGGAAGAACAGCAAUGGGGGGAAGAGCUCAAAAGAUACCUGAAGGGAGACGCCUUAGGUUACUGGUUGUAUCUGCGUCGUACUGGAGUACCCUUGACUGAUUGGGAGCAUCUUAGACAGUGCUUAUGCGAGCACUUCGGUAGCAUAACUAAGGAACGGAUGAAAGUUUUGAUGGCGGAGAAUGUAUGGAGGGGCGACCACCACGCAUACUCUGCGCGCUUUGCGACAAUCGUGGCACAAGGGGUGUCGGUGGCUACAGAUCAGUUGGUGGGCUACUACUUGGCCAACCUACCGGACGAAAUAGCACAACGAUUAACUGAAGAGGGAACAAGGAAGUUUACGGACUGGCAGGAAGCCGCCGCAGCCCUGGCUGCUAUGAGGGCACCGUGGAAAGAUUUCUGUGAAGACCGUCACCGAUACCGGCGGGAGUUAGAGGAUGCCCAGCGUACGGAAGGGGACAUGCGAGCAGGGACUGUCCGCUCCGUAACGGAGCGACGCGACGAACCGGGGAAACGUGCUCCCGGUGCGGGGGCCGGGAUCACUACGCUAGAGACUGUCCUACGUUGGCUCGACCCAGUGCGGAGCCCGCUAGACCGCCCAGACAACAGCCUCGGCGGCCCAACGUUAAGCAGUCGAGGCAUUUAA